CACACCAUCAUAGACAUAUAAAAUCCAUAAGCUUAACGUUCAAACCUUUUCUUUUUCUUUUUCUUUUUUUGACGAGAAGUUCAAACUAAUUAACCCUCCUAGCCUCAACUCCUGUGUAUGUGUAAGACUUGCAUCCAAUAACCCCGUCCUUAUCAGCCCUCUUAAAUUUAUUAAUAACAAGCAUAUAUACCAGUCAACAAUAUAUAACUAUUAUAAUCGAGGGAAAAAAGAAAAUGAAUGUAAUAACAGCCUUGCGAUCUAACUUCUAAGGUCGUACGAACUUCUGAAGAAGAAGAUCGAGGCUCGGAGUCGUGUCUUCCUUCUCUGAUCCCUCGACCUCUUCUCCAAAACAAGAAAAAUCUAAUAACAAUGUCGUCGAAUAUACAAGAUCCUCCAUCCUUCAGUUACUACAACAGAAAGAAGUUUGUGACUAUUCUUAGCAUAGAUGGUGGUGGCAUUCGAGGGAUAAUUCCUGCUGUCAUUCUCGCUUUUCUCGAAAAACUUCUCCAGGAGUUGGAUGGAGCAGAGGCAAGACUAGCAGAUUACUUCGAUGUGAUAGCAGGAACAAGCACGGGUGGGUUGAUAACAGCCAUGUUAACUGCACCGGAUGACUAUAAUCGUCCUCUUUAUGCUGCUGAAGCUAUCACUACUUUUUAUUUGGACAAUGGUCCUAAAAUAUUUCCACAGGAAAGGGGGGCACUCGCGCAGCUAACAAGCUUUAUCAAAGCUAUGAUAGGGCCUAAAUAUGAUGGCAAACAUCUCCGACAAAUACUAAGGGAAAAAUUAAGAGAGACAAGGUUGCAUCACACACUAACAAACGUUGUUAUACCAACUUUUGACAUUAAAACGCUCCAACCAGUUAUAUUUUCCUCCUACAAGGUUCCAAGUUACCCUGAUUUGGAUGCAAAACUAUCAGAUAUUUGUCUAGGCACAUCGGCCGCUCCAACUGUUCUCCCUUCCUAUUAUUUCCAAAAUGUGUAUGAAGAUGGAAAGGCAAGGGAAUUCAACCUGAUCGAUGGCGGAAUUGUGAGCACUAAUCCGACUUUCCUAGCAAUUAAUGAAGUUACCAAACAGAUGAUGAAGGAAAAUCCAGAUUACGGGACCAUCCAUGAUAAACUACUGGUUUUAUCGAUAGGAACAGGAUCAGGGAGGAAUGAGCAGAAGUACAAUGCUAAAACAUCAGCAAAGUGGGGGCUUGUGUCUUGGCUAUUUGAAAAAGGUUCAUCUCCUAUUAUUCAAGCUUUCUAUGAAGCUGGGGCUGACAUGGUUGAUUACCAGAACAAUAUUGUUUUUCAAUCCUUCCGUUCUCAACACAACUACCUUCGUCUUCAAGAUGAUAACUUAACUGGAGCAGCUGCUUCAAUAGAUGUGUCCACAGAGAAAAACAUGCAAGAUCUUGUGAAGAUUGCGCAAGAGAUGCUCCGCAAACCAGCCAGCAGGGUCGAUCCAGAAACUGGACGUCUACAAGAAAUUCCACAACUUGGCACCAAUGCAGCUGCUCUCCGAAGGUUUGCAGAACAACUCUCGGAUGAAAGAAAAUACCGCAUGGGUCAAGUCUCCAUCUGAUGGUAGAAUACACAAGUACCGGGCACUACCCAGUAUUUGUCCAUCUUUAACUGUAUACAUAUUCGUGUGCAUUACAUAAAUAGGUGCAACCCUAUUGAGAGGUUUUUCCUUGUAUGCAACAUCAAAAAAAGUUAAAUAAACCUGUGUAUUAUACUUGCCUCGCAAACAUGGCCAUUGGCCACAACCAAAGCAUGGAGACUAUACAAA